CUGCCCGCGGCGCCCGGCCUCCUUCCGUCCCUGCCGUGCUCCCUCCGUCUUCCGUGCGCGCCCGCUCGGCCGGCGUGCCUCACGCCUAACGGGCGGCCGCGGGCGCCAAUCAGCGGGCGGCAGGGUGCCAGCCCGGGACUGUGCCGGCGAAUCGGCGGGGCCCGCGGCUCGGGAGGGAGGCGGGGCUACCGCGCGCGGCGGCGGAGGAGCAGCUCGCCAGCCUGCAGCUCGCGAGCGCUGAGCGAGCGGCCCGAAGGGUAGAUUUACCAGGCUGUUUCUGAGUGUGGAUUGUUAUCCUUGGUAAGAAAAUGUCGUCCAUCUUGCCAUUCACUCCGCCAGUGGUGAAGAGACUUCUGGGAUGGAAAAAAUCAGCUGGUGGGUCUGGAGGAGCAGGUGGUGGAGAACAGAAUGGACAGGAAGAAAAGUGGUGUGAAAAAGCAGUGAAAAGUCUGGUGAAAAAGCUAAAGAAAACAGGCCGAUUGGAUGAGCUUGAGAAAGCCAUCAGCACUCAGAAUUGCAAUACUAAGUGUGUCACCAUACCCAGGUCUCUUGAUGGCCGUCUACAGGUUUCACAUCGGAAAGGGUUGCCACAUGUUAUAUAUUGCCGGCUAUGGCGCUGGCCGGACCUUCACAGUCAUCAUGAGCUCAAGGCAAUCGAAAACUGUGAAUAUGCUUUUAGUCUGAAAAAAGAUGAAGUAUGUGUAAAUCCUUACCACUACCAGAGAGUUGAGACACCAGUCUUGCCUCCAGUCUUAGUGCCUCGGCACACAGAGAUUCUAACAGAACUGCCGCCUUUGGAUGACUACACCCACUCCAUUCCAGAAAACACAAAUUUCCCAGCAGGAAUUGAGCCACAGAGUAAUUACAUCCCAGAAACACCACCACCUGGCUAUAUUAGUGAAGAUGGAGAAACAAGUGACCAACAGUUGAACCAAAGUAUGGACACAGGCUCUCCAGCUGAACUGUCUCCUACGACUCUCUCUCCUGUUAAUCACAGCUUGGAUUUGCAGCCAGUCACUUACUCGGAACCUGCAUUCUGGUGUUCAAUUGCGUAUUAUGAACUAAACCAGAGGGUUGGCGAGACCUUCCAUGCCUCACAGCCCUCACUCACUGUAGACGGCUUCACAGAUCCAUCCAACUCAGAGAGGUUCUGCUUAGGCUUGCUCUCCAACGUUAACCGAAACGCCACUGUAGAAAUGACAAGAAGGCAUAUAGGAAGGGGAGUGCGCUUGUAUUACAUAGGUGGGGAAGUGUUUGCCGAGUGCCUAAGUGAUAGUGCAAUCUUUGUGCAGAGCCCCAACUGUAACCAGAGAUACGGCUGGCACCCUGCGACAGUGUGUAAGAUCCCACCAGGCUGUAACCUGAAGAUCUUCAACAACCAGGAGUUUGCCGCUCUUCUGGCUCAGUCUGUUAACCAGGGCUUUGAAGCCGUUUAUCAGCUAACACGGAUGUGCACCAUAAGAAUGAGUUUCGUGAAGGGUUGGGGAGCAGAAUACCGGAGGCAGACAGUAACAAGUACUCCCUGCUGGAUUGAACUUCAUCUGAACGGCCCUCUGCAGUGGUUGGACAAAGUAUUAACUCAGAUGGGAUCCCCGUCAGUGCGAUGCUCAAGCAUGUCGUAAAGUCCGUCACCAGCUGAGCUCAUCAGAGACUUCACGUAACAACUCUUCCGUCGUAGUGUUCAUGUAUGAUCCCGUGGACUGUUUGCUAUCCAAAAAUUCCAGAGCAAAAACAGCACUUGAGGUCUCAUCAGUUAAAGCACCUUGUGGAAUCUGUUUCCUAUAUUUGAAUAUUAGAUGGGAAAUUAGUGUCUAGAAAUGCCCUCCCCAGAGGGGAAAAGAAGACUUAAAGACUUGAUGAUGUCUUGUUGGGCAUAAGACAGUGUCCCAAAGGUUAUUAAUAACAGUAGUGGUUGUGUACAGGUGAUGUGUCCAGACCCAGUAUUGCAGUACUAUGCUGUUUGUAUACAUUCUUAGUUUGCAUAAAAGGUGUGUGUGCUGCUUCUUGGUCUAGGCAAGCCUUUAUAAAAUUACAGUACCUAAUCUGUUAUUCCCACUUCUCCGUUAUUUUUGUGUCUUUUUUAAUAUAUAAUAUAUAUAUAUCAAGAUUUUCAAAUUAUCAUUUAGAAGCAGAUUUUCCUUGUAGAAACUAAUUUUUCUGCCUUUUACCAAAAAUAAACAAACUCUUGGGGGAAGACAAGUGGAUGAACUUGGAAGUCCUUGACCCUAAUGUGUCCAGUGAGUCCUAGCAGUCUGUCUUUUCGUGACCGUUUUCUGCUGAGUUGCAUUAGAAGGAAACCUUACUGGAAAUUUCCAGGCUCUUCAUCCCAUUUCUGUUCUGAUACAGAGCAGGACAGCAUAAUGUCAUUGCGGUAAAUAGUUGCACUGAUGGCUUCUGGGUUAGUUAAUUCUGAGUCCAGUAAAGGUUUGUAUGGACAGUAAGUCCUUUUGUCUUAUAACCAGACUUCAGCAGAUGAUAACUGAUGUGUAUAACCAGUUCUUCUGUUGAUUAACUUGCGUCUCAAACAUGCACAGGUGGCAGUAUAAUUAUUUUCAGGGCUAUUCUAGAAUCAUCUCAGUAUGUUUCCUUCUUCCAUAGCCAGUCUUAAUAAUAAAGUACUUUCUGUAAAGGCAAGCGACCUUUGGGCCUUGUUUCACUUUACUACCCGGUUGUAUUACAGAGCAGACCUUUUGUAAGUUUUAGAUGCUGAGGCAUCGUCAGCAGAUAGGGCCAUCUGUUUUUUAAGUGUAUUGUAUGUAAUUUAUAAAUAGAAUGUUAUUUUACCUAGUUUCAAAUUUUUAAAUAUUGUGAGCUAAUCUGUUUAGCAAGAUUUCUAGCCCACAGUUAGCUUUGGAUUAGCUCUUCUUGACUAAUCCUGGUCUGUGGUUUACUGCCCUUUCUGCUCUGCAUGAAGGAGACCCCAGCUGUCCUGUUGGCCCUCCUCCGUUCUGCAGCACACAACAGUCAUGUCCAGUGUUGACUCCCUCCUUGUUUGCAACUCCGCACAAAUGGAAAGUACUUCCUGAUCUCCUUUUUGUAAACUUUUCCUAUUUUUGCAGACAAAUACCUUUGGUACUUACUCUUUGAGACCAUAGUCACAUGUAUGUACAGUAAUAGUCACAUGUAUGCACAGUAAUAGUCACAUGUAUGUACAGUAAUAGUCACAUGUAUGUACAGUAAUCAGUUUUGAUGCUUUUCAACAUUUAGCU